CUGAUUGGCCCACGCAAUCUGUCAGUACUGAUUCCUCCCUACAUCAUGACUACCGACGCCCCCGAGCACCAGCGCGUUACCGAGCUGUUCACCGAAGUGGUGGGCAGCUCCAAGUCCCUCGUGGGCGGUUAUCUCUCCGUGGAUGCGACGUCCGACUCGGCUUCUCUGCAGUUGAUUUGGGACAAGACAGAUCUGGUCAAUAAUGUGACGCACAAAUUCCAGACCCGCCAUCACGUGGGCUCGCUCACUCAGACGCAGCCAAAGGUGCUCGACACGGGUUUCCCCACUGGUUGGUCCAGCGACUACAUGAGUGUUUCACCCUCUGGCAAGCGCGUGGUGACUCUGAAACUCGAGAAAUCGAAGGGCGAUGGCGCACCCGAAGGAGUUUUCUGCGUAUUCGAGGCCAACAAGCUGGUGUCGUCAUUCAAGGCCCCUAAGACGCUACAUGGAGCCAUCUACUUGGGUGAACGAGAAGGAGGUAUCGCCUGGUCGAACGAUGAGAAAACCAUCGCCUACCUAGCGGAGAAGAAGAUAACCGAGUCUCCAGCAUUCUGGGAGAACAUAAACAACAAGAAAGAAAAAGAAAAAGAGUCCAAAUCGCCACUUCCUGGGUCGAAAUUCGAGUAUGUCGACGACUGGGGUGAACAAUACGAGGGCAAGAAGACAGCAUCCAUCUUCCUCGCCACCUUGGCGACUGGAAAAAUUGACGAGGUGAAAAAUGUGCCGGAGAAUUUGACCUGUGCUGACGUGGCUUUUGUGCCUGGAGACAACGAACUGGUGUUUGCAGCUACCGAGACCAACAAUCCCAAGCGAUUGGGCAUAAUUUACUGCUACAACCGACCCAUUACGCUCUACCACGUUGUACUGAACAAAGAAGACCAGACCAAAAAUGUGGUGAAGAAGCUGGAAUUGAUCCCCAGUGAUGAAGAGAGUAAGGAGAUUGGUACGAUGAGAAGCCCACGCUUCUCACCGGAUGGCAACCAAUUGGCCUUCCUUGCGACGCGAGACGUUGCCACUCAUGGAACCUGCAGCUUCUUGUGCGUCAUGGACUGGAAUACCAAGCAGACGUCGACGGUUAUUCCCAUCAAGGAUGAACCGGAUGCGUCUGAACUUGAUGUCACCCAGGCGUUUAACGGCCUUUUCAUUGGUUCGUUGCGAAAAAACGCGUGGUCUACUGACGGUAAAUACAUUUUAGUGGUGACUCAAGUGGGCUCUCGUGUCGUAUGGAAAUACGUCGAGGUAGCCACGAAGACUCUGAUCUCUCCGGAAUACGUCGAAGGCUCUGGAGUUGCCGUUGAGUCCAUACUAGACCGCAAUGGUGACUAUUAUCUAGUCAUGGUGUCAUCUCCUACACGUCCUGCUAGUGUCUACCUCGUGCACAUUGAUCCAGCGACUGGAAAGUAUCUGAAUCCUCCAAUCAGCAUCGAUGAUCAACAGGGAGCCACGCAGUAUAUUAAACGCUGGGAAGUCUACUCUAUCCCGGCGUCUGUGUCCGACAUCCCCGCUGCAGAGAAGAAAUUACCAGAAACACCGUCAGUAUUGAAAGAUCUACUUCUUCCAUCCACUUCAAGCUCGAGUGACUACGAAGCUACAGUCAUGUUACCGAAUAGUACCCCACCUGCUGACGGCUAUCCCGUCAUUUUGGAACUACAUGGUGGACCGCACGGUAACUCGCCUGUCAUGUACCGAAGCAUGUGCGAUUUCUGGGCUGCAUUGGGUUUCGCUGUCGUUACCGUCAACUACCGAGGCAGUACCGGUUUCGGUAUCAAGGCGUUGGAGUCUUUGAUCGGAAAAGUGGGUACACAAGAUGUGUACGACUGCCACUAUGCACUGUGUUAUCUGUUGGAGAAGAACUCGAGACUGGGUUUGUCGCUGGAUAAGACCCGUGUGCAUUGCUCUGGUGGUAGCCACGGUGGCUUUCUUGUUACGCACCUCAUUGCGCAGUUCCCGGGUUUCUACAAGUCCAUGGUUACACGUAACCCGGUAACCAACAUGUCCAGCGUGUUCUACACGUCGGAUAUUCAGGACUGGGGUCUUGCGUGUACUGGAAUUCAGCGGUUCGAGGCCAUUCACACGUCUCAGAAGCUGCAGAACACAAAGGAUGAAUUGCCACCGUUGAGUCCAGAAGCGCGUCUGGCAAUCCUCAGUAAACUCUGGCAACACUCGCCUGUCAGCAAUGAUCUCAGUAAGGUCACGACUCCUUCUCUCUUUGGACUGGGUGGGAAGGAUAAACGUGUGCCGCCUAACCAAGGUCUGGAGUAUCGUGCCACCAUUUCAAGUUAUGGUGUGCCUACCCAGCUCUUGUGGUACCCUGAAGACUCGCACCCGUUGGGUUCUGUGGAGGCUUUUGGAGAUUUCUCAGUCAACUGGGGACUGUGGCUGCUCAAGCAUAACCCCAAGUAAGGAGUUUAGCGAGCUUUGAUCGGUAUGAGCUAGCAUUCACGAUCAUGUAAAAAGGAUGUGAAGCUUGGAGGAAACUACUUGCACUCAACCGCGUGAGGUCCAAGUCUAUGGGCUAGUGAUUGUUCAAAGUACGUAUCCUUGUUCGUGUUUGUAGUGGAAAUUCAUUUUUUUGGUUUUGAAGAGCGAGGAAUGUAUACGCACAUUUCUGCGUACUUGUCGUUGUUGUAGACACUGCAAUGCAAUCAUUAUUGUUGCCCGCUGUCUAACUUACAAAAAACAAGUUUAACCACUGAUUGGAAUUCUUGUGUUGGACG